AGACCACGUGCAGGAACAAGUUUGCUUCCCCUCGCUGCUUUUCCCCUUCUACUGUCUUAUUUCAUCCUCGUACCAGAGUUCCGCGAUUUGUUCAAAAGGCUGCUGCACCAUUCGCAUUUAGACUUAGACAGAGUUGUGUACAAGGUUUUUCUUUUCACACGCAGGACAGCUACAGCCAGGACUUCCUUGAAGCAGGUGAAGGAAGUACUGUUUCUAGGUACUUAACAAUCCAAUUUCGAAAUACGGUGUACAAAUCUUCACGAAGAAGGCUGUCGUUUCUGCUCGAAGUAAGUUUCCAACAGCAGCACGGUUCGCGAAAAUAAAAUCAUGACCAGAUCUAUCUCCACCUUCCUGCGGCGACGUCAACCGCUCGCGGCGGGUCUACUUUUCGUCGGGCCUUCAAUUUUGUUUCAGCCGGUACUUGUACACGCGCAAACAACUACCACGACAACGACAACAACGUCGACAACGACCCUGGUAUUCGCGAAAUCCCCCCUCACGUACGCGCCGAAUGCGAAUAACCUGCUGAAAGCAAUGACGUGCGACGUUACCGAGAACACGGAUGCCGAGAAAAAAUACCUGGGUCCGUGCUCAGACAGGAGGGGAGGAGCUCUUUCGAUGGUAUGUAGUGGGAAAGCAUCGUGCUAGUAUGAAAAAUUGCAUUUGCAUUACAAAUUGAAAUUCUUUCAAAUCGGAACGAUGAAGCUGUAAUUCUAGUUUGUUACGUGCUUAAGUUAAGCUUAGCAGGCAUUGGUAUUGGAUUUGUCAUGCGUGAUUGCAAUGAAAGGGUACAACUACGAGUGCGAGACUUUUGCACAGGAUAGCUGGGCACCCUGGGCGAUGGGAUGUACGGCGAUGUGAAAGGGAAUCUCGACGAUGUUUACGGACACGAGAAGACCGACGAGGACGGUGCAGUCAUUGCGAACUCCGCUUGGAGUGCCACCGGCGACUACUGCGCCAGUCUGUGCCACAAGCUGAAGACGCUCGGGGCGGCGAAAGCGGCGGACACAGAGGGUGUGCUGCCAGCUUCCCACGCCGGUUUGGGCUGCGACGCGUUUGCGUUGAAGCGGAAAGUCGGUGCCUUGACUUUGUACACGGAUGUGGAAAAGGACCAGUGGUGGACGCGUCCAAACGAUGGCACCACGUCCAAACGUGAGCACUGUUGCCUCCUGAUCAAAACGUGCACGGAGAAGUACUCCGCAGACGCGGUUUAUGGGCGUGUAGUCAGGUUCGAAAUCGACACAACUGAUAUCCUUUGUCAUGAACAAAAACGAACCCAGUUGGACGUAGACCCCGCCCAAUCGCUAAGCGUCGCAUGACACCAAACUUCGGCUGCAUUGAACCUACCCAAUCUGUGAUACUGUUCGGGGCAAAGGAGGCUGCUUUUGUCAUGCUCCGUCGCAGCUCUAUCUCUUUUCUACCCCUAAAAAGGCCACCUACAAUCGGCCUCACUUGCCAUCCUUGCGCGACAGGCAUUUUGUACUCCGCAUUUUAUGCGCCGCAAACCAUUUCAACGUUGUUCAUUUCGAUCCUGACGCCCCCAUACAAUCGCGCUCCAGUGGACCUAUUUUCAGACGGGCGCGCUUGUGGAAACCGAAACUGAGAAGGCGACGGACGCGUCGUCCGACGCAGAUGCAAGUUCCACAACUGCGGCGCCGACGAGUGACGAUGACACCACCGAAAUUCUGGGCAUGGCUUGGUGGGUGUUUGUGCUGGUGUGCUUCGCCGCUGUGGUCAUUAUGGCCGGAAUUUACCAUGCUAUGCUGAAGGAGCACCAAAAGUACGCAGACCACUUUGGCGGCGGGGGCUACGGGUGGGGCGGGGGCAAGGGAAUGGGGAUGAAGGGUGGUGGCAUGACUGUGCGCCGGCAGAAGGGCUACGGAAAGGGGCCCGUCGUCCCCUACGCUUCGCAAUGGUGAGGAGUGCGUAAGUUGUGCAACUAGGUUUAUUUCGCGGUCACUAGCGUGGUCUUUGCAUGCGUCUGUUCUUUGAUGCAAGUAGAACAAUGCCUGCAAAGACGUGAGUUUCGAGUUCGACCAUGUUUCAACAAGGAGCAGGUUCUUGUGUAGUUUUCAACACAUGCACAUUCUCAGCACAUGAACAUGAUGUCAUGGUCUGCAUCUGCCACAAGUAGGAGCCUGCGGUGACGGGAAUGAUCUUUAGUUAAUUCAUUGUUUUUCUUUUAAUAUCAUAUACACCUCUUUGGACGUUUUCGACACGAUCGCCAUGGUCGUAUCAAUCAGUUUGCAGUACAUUAAAGCAUUUUUUCGACCAUUUUCAGCUUCCUAACCCCCCCCCCUCGAGGCAUGAUUUUGUCCCCCAUGCUGCUCUUCAUCACAUUCAGUUGUUGCUUAUUUUUUUCACCGAAGCUGCGUUGCAGAUUGAGGCUAUAUCGUUUAUCGACGUUUUCAACAUCACUACGGUUUCCAUAAGCGUGUUCAUAAAAGGUAAAGCAUCAACGUAAACUUUUUCAUUUUCACAGGGUUCUCCCGUUUCUUUUCCACCGCGCACUCUUCUAGCAAAAAAUCUCAACCAAACAUGCGCGUCUUUCAAACUCACUCAAGUGCCUUCAUGGUCAGAUCUUUGAUAGUACUGCAAAUGCAAAACCCCUUCCCCCGUUAUUGAUGCCAAAUGGAACGACCCACGACCGAGG